AUGACGAAAGCUGAUGUGGAUUGUGUCACUGCGGAUGGACUGUCGUGGAGAUGUAAACCCUGUCAAGAUACAAGAAGAAAGAGUAUGCAGUUCGAAUCUGGCGUGGAGGAGGGUAAGAUUACAUUGGCUGAUAUCAUGAAAAAAAUAACCGAAAUGUCUGAAGCCCAGAAAGUGCAGGACGCUAGCUUUAACAAAAGCUACGAGUCUCUCAGUGAAAAACUAGACGAAAACACGAAAGCUGUAACUGAUCAAAACAGUUCUAUAGAAAGAUGUUUGAAAAUUAUUGAUGAUCUCACACAAAAAAACAUACAACUUCAGAAAAAAGUUGAUGAGCUUGAGAAAAGAGUAGACGACAUGGAGCAAUAUUCUAGGCUCAAUGCAGUGGAAAUUCAUGGAAUCCCUGAGGAGAAAAAUGAAGAUGUUAUCAGCAUCGUUAAGGAAGUGGGGAAGGCGCUCGACAUGACGAUCUCCGACACCAUGAUUGACGCCUGUCACCGACUAGGGAGGAGAACCGACCCAAACAGACCACCCCCAGGAAUCAUCGUGAAAUUCGUCAGACGCCUGGACAAGGAGGAACUUCUCAAGAAACGACGAGUCAAGAAUAACCUCUCAACAAGACACAUGAACAUGGGGACCGACCAACCUGUCUACAUAAAUGAGGCGCUGUCACCGGCAAAGAGGAGGCUGUUUGCAGAGGCUCGGCAACUCAAAAAGGAGAAGAUGUACAAGUUCCUGUGGGUUCGUGGAGGCAAGAUUUUCAUGCGCAAAGACGAAGAAUCUACAUCAAUCCAGGUGACCUGCAAAGCUGAUUUUGCAAGUUUGUAA